AUGUCCGAAUUUAAAGCCAAAGCUGGCGCCCAAAAGACGCGUUUCCUCUCUGUCUGGCCGAAAAUCAAGUCUGAGGUUUCUGAAUAUUUAGAGUCAAAUGGGAUGCCCGAAGACAUUUGCGCGUGGUUCCAAAGGAGCUUGGACUAUAAUGUCCCUGGAGGAAAGCUCAAUCGCGGGAUCGCGGUGGUGGACACUGUCGAGAUCUUGCUUGGGCGACCCCUCAAAGAUGAAGUAGACGCCAAGGGAAGUUCGGAGUAUUAUCGCGCAGCGAUCCUUGGGUGGGGAGUCGAACUCCUUCAGGCUUAUUUCUUGGUUUCGGACGACAUGAUGGACGGGAGUAUAACCAGACGAGGACAGCCCUGCUGGUACAAAAAUCCCGCAGUAGGAAACAUUGCUAUCAAUGACUCGUUCAUGAUCGAAUCGACCAUCUACUAUAUGAUCAAGAAACAUUUGAGGACUGAUCCUGCCUAUGUGGAUUAUGUCGAACUAUUCCUCGAGACUACGUUCCAAACCGAAAUAGGGCAACUGAUAGACUUGCUGACCGCUCCGGAAGAUGACGUGAACCUAGAUAGGUUCUCUCUCAAGAGACAUCAACUUAUCGUGAUGUGGAAAACGGCAUACUACUCAUUCUACCUCCCUGUUGCGCUCGCGAUGCAUUUUGUUGGGAUCAAGGACGAAAAGAGUUUUGAACAGGCCAAACAGAUUCUAGUUCCCAUUGGAGAAUACUUCCAAAUUCAGGAUGAUUACCUCGAUUGCUUUGGCACACACGAGCAGAUUGGAAAGAUCGGAACAGACAUCUUAGAUAACAAGUGUUCGUGGUGCGUAAACAUUGCUUUGAAUGUUGCGACGCCCGAGCAGAGGAAGAUUCUCGACGAUAAUUACGGCCGAAAAGAUGCCGCCGCAGAAGCGCGAGUUAAGGAGCUUUACACACAGCUUGAGCUUCCCAGGCGCUAUCAGGAAUAUGAGCAGGUGAUAUACGAAAAGUUGAAUGCUUUGAUUGACGCGGUGCCAGAGGUUGAAGGUGGGCUCAAACGGGACAUAUUCAGGAGCUUCUUGAGCAAGAUCUACAAGCGCUCCAAGUAG